AUGCUAGUCUCCUUGACUGUCGGCAAGGUAGACGCCGGCGUCGCGGUGCUCUUGACCCAGGACAACCGCAUCAUCGAAUUCCCCUCAGUUCUCCUCCCAAAUAACAUUUCCUCGGGCAGCAUCGUCGACAUCAAUGUUGCGCGCAACCACGCCGCGGAAACAGCCAACGUCAACGCCUUCCAAUCCCUCCAGAAGCGCAUUCUAAACACCUACGGCGUGAAGACCCCAUCGCCGCCCAUCCUCCGCCUGCGCAAUGCAACCCAAACCUCCCUUGUUCUCGAAUGGGACCCCAUCGACCUAGCCACCGCGUCCCUGAAAUCGCUCUCACUCUACCGCAACAACUCCAAGGCUGGCUCCAUACCCCGCCCGCUCGAGACUCGCAGCACCAAGAUCAGUGGUCUGGCCAUUCAUGCCGAAUACACCUUCCACCUCGUCUUGCGCACGACCGCUGGCACUUACCAGUCCGAGAAGCUGACAUGCCGUACACACAAGAUGACCGAUCUCUCCGGUAUCACAGUGACACCUGGCAUUCUGGACCCUGCGCGCAAGGAGGCAUUGGGCGCUACGCUGGACCGGAUUGGUGGCAAGAUGAUUGAUACCGUGCGCAUUGAUACGACCCACUUCGUCUGUGCAGAGGGCCGCGGCCCGCUGUGGGAAAAGGCUGUUGAGAUGAACAUCCCGGUAGUGGUGCCUGAAUGGGUCGAUGCCUGUGAAUCGGAAGGUACAAUUGCUGGUGUGCGUGGGUACUAUUUGAAUGCGGAUCCCAAGGCCCGUCAGCUCGGUGUUAUUCAUGGUUCCUCGCAUCAACGCACUACAUCUACUAUGUCUGCUGCUACGACUGCUCAGGGCAGACCUAGUACGCAGCCACAGCGCAGUGAACCAGAGCAGCCUCCUGCUGAACCACCUCUGACGCCGUUCCCUGGUGGUGAGACGACUGUCCAGCCACAAGCGCUGACGGAAGAGGUCGGGUCAGAAGAUGAGGAUAGUACUCCGCCCCCACCACCGCCCAAGGAUGAGUCCGAUGAUGCAGAGGAAACACCUCAGCAGAACGGGCACGCAGAAUCUGUGCCGGAGCCGGAAAAGAUCGAGGAAACACCAGUUCAGACUGAGAGUGAAGAAGAGACCAAAGAAAGUACACUUCCACAGCACAAACCUGAAGGAGACGAGCCCAGUCCUAAGGGUAAAGGGAAGGAGGGCGAAGGAGACUUCAGUGAAGUAACACUCUAG